AUGAAACUGGGAAUAGUGUAUACAGGAGGAACGAUAGGUUGUUUCUAUCGUCCGCUUCGUCCCAUGACGAGUGAGGAAUUCGCUGCCCUGUUCGAUCAACACGCGAUGCCCAUCAUUGCCGCCAAGUACCCCCAACUUCGAAUGCAACACAUCCCUUUCGGCUCUGCAUUAGAUUCGACCAACAUCCAACCGAUGGACUGGUGCAAGAUUGUGGAAACAAUCUUGUCAGCGUAUAUGACCUGUGAUUGUUUCCUGGUGCUGCAUGGCACGGAUACCAUGGCUUAUACUGCAUCGGCUUUGAGUUUUCUUUUCACGGGCGUGGAUACGAAUGGCCAUCGAGAUUGCAUCAUCAACAAACCGAUCAUCGUCACUGGAAGUCAGCUGCCGUUGUUUGACGGCGAGAAUCCAAAGGCGGGAGCUCAGAUUCGAUUCAACUCGGACGCCUUUCAAAAUAUCUGUGGGGCCGUGACUUGUGCUCAUUAUGGCAUCCCCAAGGUCUGCUUAUUCUUCAACAACAAGCUGUUCUUGGGAACCAGGGCCCAAAAAACCAGCUCCAACCAAUUCGAUGCCUUUUCAUCUCCCAAUUAUCCACCCCUGGCCCAAGUGGGCAUUGAAGCUACCCUCAAUCAUGGCAGUGUCAAGCUUCACUUUCCAUCCAAGGAAAAGCUCUUGACAAAUCCGUUGGCCAGAGAACGAUUGCAGGCACAACUGGAUUACAUCAGCUCACUAGGGAAUGAAAAGAUCCGAGUGUCAACCUUUGAAGCAUAUCCUGCCAAUUCCAAGCAUUUGGCCGGACAAUUGCGCAACAUCCUUCAUCUGGACAACCCAGAGAAACAAUUGCACGGGCUCAUUCUGGAAGCUUACGGAGCCGGAAACUUUCCUUCGGGUAACCCUGCAGAACCAACCAAAGGAGAGGUCUAUCAGGUGCUAGCUGAAGCGACGGCAAAAGGCGUUAUUAUCGUCAACAAUACUCGUUGUCUAUCGGGCAUUGUGGACUCAAGUGCCUACGAAGCUGGGUCCUGGAUGGCAUCGGUAAGGGCAGUGAGUGCCUACGAUUUGACCCCAGUGGCUCUCUAUACCAAACUACUGUUCAUGCUAAGCUUGGCACAUCGAUACAACUGGAGUGGUGACACAAUACGGACCCUGUUGGCGGGCAACUAUGCAGGAGAAAUGCUGGACGUGCACUGCUUGGAUACGUUUGGGCAAAGGGAGCUAUGGCCAGGAGAGUCCAUCACCUCUCUUGAUGGAACGGCUCGACUGACCAACGACUGGUAUCGAGGACCCAUUCUGCGUCUUCGUCAGAAUGGAAACUGGAGCGAGCCAGUGUGGAGUGCCAUGGACAGCAGCAGAGAUGUUGGAUUGACUUGCAUUUUGAGAAUGCAGAGUGAUGGAAACCUAGUGUUUCGCAACCAUACGCUGGAAUGUUUGUGGGAAUCAGGGACGGCCAAGGACGCGAGGGAAGAACCAUACUCGCGGUUGGAGUUGACCGGUUUGACACACCCUGAAGGUGCAUCCCUGCAAAUCUACAACUACGUUUCCCAUGUUGUAACGAAACGACUAUUCCCGGUGGAGGACGACACCGGUACCGGUGCAAAAAGAGUUUCUAGGGAUUAG